ACGUCACAACAUAGUAUUUUGCAAAAUAAAUGUCGACAAACCAACACGACUAUCGCUGGUUGUUGAGACGUGAUCGCAGUCAGCAUCGUCGGUUGGGUUCUUUGUGGAAGUUCCUGCUGUUGGCAUCAACGUCGUCGUUCAGGUCGUCCUCCUGUCAGACACGAUCUUUGUGUUCCACGAAUUUAGCUCAGGCAGCCUUUUGGUCUUCCUCGCGCAGAAUCGAGAACAAUCAAAGGAAAUAUUUCCUGACUGCUACUUCGAGCAUGAAUAGCAGUUCUAAUCGCAACACUAUCGUGGGCAUGGUUCCGACAAACACAGUGGCGACGGUGUCCCGGAGAUCGGUGGUCGAAAAUCCUUCAAGUCCUACCAUGAGCCUCCAAAUCCGACGAAGCAGCAGGAUCCGUGGAAUGAAAAGUGAUAAUGGUACAGGAGAACAGGUACGGAGGCAGAGUGUCCGGCUGUUCCAAGGGAAAUCUGUGGACGCUGGAACAAAGCGCAAGCGAAAGCGUGGCAACAACAAUAAGGACGUAUCAUUAUCCCAUGAUGGAAUUAUUCCAGUGGUGCCUUCGGAAAAACGCGUGACGCGAAGCAUUAGUGGGGGUCUAAAGAGCUGUCCCACUAGUGAGAGCACUCCCGAUGCCGGAGUGGACGGAAAACGAGAAACGGCGAAACGAGGCAGAAAGGUGAAAGCUACGACCGUCGCUUCUACACCUAUUCGUGGCACAAACGCUAUCCCAGUAACGCCCGAACCACCGAUCAGUUGUAAUAUCGAUGUUAGCAGCGAGAAAAAUGAUUCGAAAACCAAGACGAUAGCGAAAACGAAAUCAAAAGCAAAAACAAAAACUCCGACGAAAACCGCUGCCGAAACCAAGAAGAAAUCGGGAGGAAAGAAAAAGAAGGCCAAGACCACAACGAAGAAAAAGAAGGCGACCACAGGCACCGCAAUUUGGCAAGCUCCUGCUGGUUGGCGCGAGACGUACACACUGGUCGAAGAAUUGCGGAAGGACAAGACAGCUCCCUGUGACUACAUGGGAGCCGAGGCUUUGGUGAUGCCGAUGCGAGAUGAAACUGAGAAUGGCGACGAAGAUUUGCUCAAAACUCGGCGUUUUCAAACACUGAUUGCACUCAUGUUAUCGAGUCAGACGAAGGAUGCUAUGGUUGGGCAAGCAAUGAAAAACCUUCGAGACACAAGUGAUGGAAGUGGUGGCUUGACCGUAGCCUCGAUCCUCGCGAUGGAUCCGAAAGUAUUAAACUCGAAAAUAUACAGUGUUGGUUUUCGCAAUAACAAAACAAAAUACAUAAAGCAAGUUGCUCAGAUUCUGCAGGAGGAAUACAGUGGUGAUAUACCUUCCACAGCAGAUGAGAUGAUAAAAAACUUACCAGGGAUUGGUCCAAAGAUGGCAUAUAUCAUCGAAAACAUUUGCUGGGAUCGACAAUCUGGAAUCGGAGUCGACACCCACAUGCAACGGUUGUUUCCAAAACUCGGGUGGGUGUCUCCAGACACGAAAACACCCGAACAGACCAGGAAGCAGCUAGAAUCCUGGUUGCCACGUGAAUUUUGGGGUGACGUAAAUUUAUUGUGGGUUGGAUUCGGGCAAGAAGUUCAACAGGAAAGACAAAAAAUAUUAGGAAAAGCAUUGCAAUCCAGUCGUCCACUCGAGGCUCUGCGUUUGCUGAAAGCUGUCGAAUUUGACGUUGGCAAGGAAUGGGAUGUAAUGCUAUCGUCGUCUUUGUCUGCUACAGAAGGUGAAAAAAAAGAGUUGCCGUGGACGGACAACAACGAAAUGGAAAAAAUGAACGCUAUGAUCGAAGGUGCACUUUUGGAAGGAAAGCUUACAAAAUGAUAUUUUUUGUAUAUCAUCAUAGUAAUCAUAAAUAGGAUGAGUUUUUCAUUCCAAGAUCCGAAUAAAAUCUCCAAUAUUUCCAACUCAUGACAAACUGUAAAUAUUAUUGUUGCCGGUAAAUAGAGCUAUUCAUAUUCU